UUAUUGUUACCAAAAUUUAAGAAAAAUUAAAUAAAAUGAAAGAGCUUACUUGUACCAUUAAAUCAACAUAAAGUUCAAUUAUAGUUUGAUCUUUAUGUAUCUCCAUUUAUUAAUGUAUCCAUGUCAUUAACCUUGAAAUCUUUGUUGAAUCCCACAAGUAAUCCUUUAGCCCCUUUUUGGUAUUUUUCAUUACAUAUCGUCAUCACAAUAGUAUCUCACCAAAAUAUAUAAUCCCUAUAUAAACACUUUCUCUUUAGUCCUUACCAUCCACAAACUCAAUCUCAAUCACAAGAAAAAUACAAAAAUCACCAUAGAAAAAUAUGAAGCGAUUUAUUGUUCUUGCGCUUUGCAUGCUUAUGGUUCUUGAAACCACAAAGAGUUUAGAUUUCCAUGAAAAAGAUGUGGAAUCAGAGGAUAGCUUGUGGGAGCUAUACGAACGGUGGAAGAGCCACCACACAAUUGCUAGGAGCCUUGAAGAGAAAGCUAAGAGGUUCAACGUGUUUAAGCACAAUGUGAAGCACAUCCAUGAGACCAACAAGAAGGAAAAUUCUUACAAGCUCAAGCUCAACAAGUUUGGUGACAUGACUAGUGAAGAAUUUAGGAGAACAUACGCUGGUUCAAACAUCAAACAUCAUAGGAUGUUUCAAGGAGAAAGACAGACCACAAAGAGCUUCAUGUAUGCAAAUGUUGAUACUCUCCCAACCUCCGUUGAUUGGAGAAAGAAUGGAGCCGUAACUCCUGUCAAAAACCAAGGCCAAUGCGGGAGUUGUUGGGCGUUUUCAACAGUUGUGGCUGUGGAAGGAAUCAAUCAAAUAAGAACGAAAAAGCUGACAUCACUAUCAGAACAAGAGCUAGUGGACUGUGACACAAACAAGAACCAAGGAUGCAAUGGAGGUUUAAUGGACCUUGCUUUUGAGUUCAUCAAGGAGAAAGGAGGACUCACAAGCGAGCUAGUGUACCCUUACAAAGCUUCUGAUGAAACUUGUGACACAAACAAAGAAAAUGCUCCGGUAGUUUCAAUCGAUGGACAUGAAGAUGUUCCUAAGAAUAGUGAAGUUGAUCUAAUGAAAGCUGUUGCUCAUCAACCUGUCUCUGUUGCAAUUGAUGCUGGAGGCUCAGACUUUCAAUUCUACUCCGAGGGAGUUUUCACGGGGCGAUGCGGAACAGAGCUGAACCAUGGAGUUGCGGUAGUUGGCUAUGGAACGACGAUAGAUGGAACAAAGUAUUGGAUUGUUAAGAACUCAUGGGGAGAGGAAUGGGGAGAGAAAGGAUACAUAAGAAUGCAAAGAGGGAUUCGUCAUAAAGAAGGACUUUGUGGUAUUGCAAUGGAAGCUUCUUAUCCUCUCAAGAACUCCAACACUAAUCCUUCUAGACUUUCCUCGGACUCACUUAAGGAUGAACUCUAAAAGCUCUUUAUAUUUACUUAUUUUAGAUUAAAAAGACAUUAACAAAUUUGUUUAGGAUUCUUGUUUGAUUUUUCAAUAUAUAUCUUCAUCGUUAAUAGGUUGUAAUGGUUUUCAAUGUAUGAAGUUGAUGGGAAUCGUUUGAAUUCAUUAAUGAA